AUGUUCGAUUUUAAACUGUUGAACCAGAUUGGCCAUGGUGACGGCCUGAUCUUGCAAGGAACCAGCCGCUGCUGCCGCCUGCUCGACCAGUGCCGCGUUUUUUUGCUCUGCACUGGCUGCGGUGAUCUCACCCAUGAUGUCGGUGACGUUACUGAUACUACUGACGACCUUGUCCAUGGUUGCGCCAGCCUCAUCCACCAGACGGCUGCCCAGACCAACUUUUUCAACGGAAUCAUCGAUCAGCAACUUGAUUUCCUUGGCAGCAGAGGCGCUGCGCUGUGCCAGGUUGCGUACUUCGCUGGCAACCACGGCAAAGCCCCGGCCCUGUUCACCAGCGCGGGCCGCUUCUACUGCGGCAUUAAGUGCCAAAAUAUUGGUUUGGAAGGCAAUACCGUCGAUCACCCCAAUGAUGUCGGUGAUCUUGCUUGA